CCUUGCCUCGCCUUUCCUUAACCGUUUUCCAAUUCGUCUCCCUCACACUCCAUCGGCUCAGGUGGCUAGCCAGCCCAUGGAUGCCCCUAUACAAAUAGGGACUCAGUAGCCUUCCCUCUCCCACCUUCCCCGCCAACUUUGUUUCACAAGUGUUAUCUAAGCGGGUUGCAAUGGCAAACCAGCCCCCCACCGGCCGUCCGUGGUUCCGGCUGGUGUCCCAGCUGGCCCUAAGGGAGUCGCCACCACCGCCGACUCAACCUGCCCAGCCUCCCCGGGGACCUCCCAUCCGCCAACUCGUAAGGCAACCUAGUGCCGUACUUCCAUCACCGCCACCGCCCCCACCGGUGCAACCACCGCCACCACCACCACCACCCCCACCACCAGCCCAGCCCCAGCCUUCGCCUCAGGCCACACCACCACCACCACCACCACCACCGCCACCACAACCAUCACUGCCACCACCACCUUCGGUAACUCCUCAAGCGGAAUCAACAGAGUCUGCACCACCGUCUAUCGAAACACCCAAACAACCAUCCUCACCUCUACCACCCCUCAGGCGCAUAAAAACGUCCCCAUCCCCUAUUGCCCAAUCUCCCAAGGUAAAGUCUCCCUCCCCGUCCCCCAGGUACGACUCUGGUGACCGCACACUGAAGCCGAGUCCAGAACCUGAACUGAAGACCAUAGCAGAAGCCCAGCCAAAGACCGCCGCCAACAAUGGCAAAGGAGAGGCACACAAGAAUGCUCGCAACGGCGAGCCUAAGCUUGGCACAUCUCAGGCUGACACGAGAGGCCCCCCUCCUUCCCCCAAGAAGGACGCCAAGAAGAAAGAUGAGGGUGACAUGAGGAUAAUUACCAUCGCAGGAGAGAACAUGGGGGCCUACAUGGAUCUGGGUCCUCCCUACAGCCUUUCCAGCAGAAAGCAGCAGCAGCAGCAGAAGAGCAAUGGCAGCCUCCCCAAACAAGGUCAAGUGAGUAAUUCUGCAACAAACGAUGGAAAAUCCAGUGACAAGAAUGGAGCCAAAGCAGCAGCGGCGAAGACGAAGCCCAUAAGCUCCCUGGUGAACAGCAACGUGCAGAGCGUCAACAAUUCGAUCGUCUACAACAGCUCCUGCACCCAACGCAGCCCCGGCGUGUACAUCGCCCUCACCAGCCACCGCAACCCCAAGAGCAAGGCUCAUCCACCCCCGCAAUGAGGCCCCUCCUACGGCCAACAGUUGCCAUUUCACCUUAAACAGAAUUAUCAGGAGCCCCCCUGCUGCUGCCUGCUUCUCCACUGCUCCUCUUCCCCUCAUUACUAUUAUUUACGUACCCAAGAUGAAGUUGCCUUGAUGGCUAUUUUUAGCUUGUGCUGUUUGUGUGAAAUUGUGUUUCCUAAAUAAAUAAAACUAGUAACCCUUCGUUGGACAAGCAAAUGAUGUUAUUGUAGUUUCUAAAUAAGUAAUAUUGAUACAGUUAUUUAAACAAGCCAGUGAUUCUGUUGGACGGUAACAUAGGUCUCUUCAAGCAUUUACC